AUGCGCUACGUUAUUAUUGUGUUAUUGGUUUUUAUCCUAAGUGUAGCGGCAUGGGACGACGACGAUUUAGAAGUUUUUGACGUGGUAGAAGAGGUGAACCAGAAUUUCUACGAAUUAUUAGGUGUUACGCAGGAAGCAUCACAAUUUGAAAUUAAAACGGCAUUUAAAAAGCUCACUUUGAAGCUACAUCCUGAUAAGAAUAAGGCUCCAGAUGCAGAUGUGAAGUUCAGAAACUUGGUUUCCGUGCACAAUAUUCUUAAGGAUCCAGGAAAAAGAGAAAAGUAUAAUGAAGUACUCAAAAAUGGUCUUCCAAAUUGGCGUUCUGCCGUGUAUUAUUAUCGACAUGUGAGGAAAAUGGGCUUAGCUGAAGGCUCUGUGAUACUUUUCAUUAUUAUUUCAUUUGGCCAAUAUGCAGUUGGUUGGGCUGCUUAUGCUGAGAAGAGGUUUACUGCUGAGCAAAUAUUAAAUAGUAGAGGGAAAAGGCAAAAGAAGUCAGGCUUUGACACGGGCUUAGCAGAAAUAUUAGAACAACUGCCUAAACCUAGUGUAAAAGACACACUGCCUUUUCAAAUACCAAGGUUUCUUUGGUGGUCUAUAAUUGCUAUUCCUCAAGGGAUCAUGGAGGUGAAGAGGAAAAUGAAGGAGAGAGAAGAGGAAGCAAAAAGACAGAAAAAGAGGGAGGAAGAGGAGCGCUUGAGAGCGGAGCGCGAGGCGGUUGCGGCGGCUGCAGCGGCGGCGAGCGGGGGCGGGGCGCGGCGGCGGCGCGGCUUCGUGCCGCCCGCACGAGACGGCUGUCUCCUCGACGCCGCAGACGAACCACAUGUUGACGCGCCCGUUGUCAUGCCCGUCAAGACCACGCCCCCGGCGAUAACUGGGGGGCUGUGGACGGAUGAUGACUUGGCGGAGCUGGUGCGCCUGGUGAAGAAGUACCCGGGCGGCAGCUCCGAGCGCUGGGAGCGCAUCGCGGAGGCCAUGGGGCGCAGCGUGCCCGAGGUCACGCAUGUGGCCGCCCGCCUCAAGGACAACUGCUACAAGAUCCCCGGACAGGAAGCCCAGGAGGAAGUCGUCCCCGAACCACCCAAAAAGGUAAAAACGCGUAAGACAGAGGAAACGAGUGCGGGCAAUUGGUCGCAGACCCAACAAAAGGCUCUCGAAACCGCACUGGCCAAGUAUCCUAAGGGCGGUGCGGGUGAUCGCUGGCAGAAGAUAGCGAACUCCGUGCCCGGAAAGACCAAAGAGGAAUGUAUGCAGCGGUGUAAAUAUUUAUCGGACGUUUUAAGAAAACAGAAACAGGAAGAAGAACAAAAAGAAGCACAGAAAGAAAAUACCAGUGACACACAGAAAUUGCAGGACGACGAAAUCAGCUCCUAA